CACACACACACACACACACACACACACAGAACAACCUCUCCUCCUUAUAUAACACAAUAAUCAGGUUUGGAGUUUGGAGCUUGGAUUUGUUCACAUACAGACGCUCGGCUUCACUCGACCAGGGAGGGUUCACAGUACAUUUCUGCAGUUUCAGGGAUUUUGGAGUUCAGUCAUGGAGAGCAUCCCAGGACUUUCUCUUCUCCUUCUGGUGGCGAGCGUGUCCAUCCUGACGAGUCCCAGCGUCCUCGGUGGAAAGAUCCUGGUGUUCCCGGUGGACGGCAGCCACUGGGUCAACAUGAACCUGCUGAUCCAGAGCCUCCACGCCCGAGGCCAUGAGGUGACCGUGGUCCGCACGACCACGAGCUGGUACAUCAAGGAAAGUGCUCCACAUUACCGCUCCAUCACCGUCACGCUGCCGGAGGCCAUCGGCACGGAGUACGAGGAAUUUUUUUCCGACCUCCUGAGCAAGAUGUUGUCUAUCAAGAAAGAGGGGCCGUCUCUAUUUGCAUUUGUGAAGUUUUACUGGGAAAUGCUCACCAAGCUGUCGAAAAUUCACCAACAGGCCAGCAUGUUGGUGGUAGAAAUAUUUGAGAAUAAGACUUUAAUGCAGAGCAUCCGCGAUACUCAGUUUGACAUGGUUCUUCUGGACCCAGGUUUGCCUGUCGGGGUUGUGGUGGCUCAUGAACUCAAGCUGCCGACUGUUUACAACGUGCGAUGGAUCACCAGUGGAGAAGGGCAUUUCGUGGUCGCUCCAUCACCAACAUCCUACGUCCCAGUUUCAGGACACGUCGUGUCGGACAAGAUGACGUUUGUGCAAAGAGUGAAAAAUUCCCUCCUCUACGUCCUGAACAAUUGCAUUGACAAGCUCAUCGUGAGCCCUCACUAUGACAUACUGGUGGACAGGUACUUUGGUCCAGAUGUAAACUUUUAUCAUCUGCUACAGGGAGCAGACAUCUGGCUCAUGAGGGUGGACUUUGUCUUUGAAUUCCCCCGACCCACCAUGCCCAACAUCGUCUACAUUGGUGGUUUUCAGUGCAAACCAUCUAAGCCUUUAUCAGCAGAGCUGGAGGAGUUUGUCCAGAGUUCAGGAGAGCAUGGCUUCAUCCUGAUGUCUCUGGGCACCCUGGUUAAAGGCCUGCCUGUAGAGAUCACCUCUGAAAUCGCUGCUGCCUUUGCCCAACUUCCUCAGAAGGUCAUAUGGAGGCAUGUCGGAGAGCCCCCAAAGAAUCUGGGGAACAAUACCCUUGUGGUGAAAUGGAUGCCCCAGAACGACCUCUUGGGACACCCGAAGGUUAGAGCCUUUGUGGCCCAUGGUGGUACGAACGGGAUCUACGAGUCCAUGUACCACGGCGUUCCGAUUGUAGGCAUUCCUCUUCUGUUUGACCAGCACGAGAACAUUUUGAGGUUGGAAACUCGAGGUGCCGCCAAGUCGGUCGAUACGAACACAAUCACGCAACAGAACUUUCUGGAAACAUUACAGGAGGUUCUUCACAAUCCCUCGUACAGAAACAACAUGGAGCGUCUCUCCGACCUUCAUCGGGACACACCGAUGCAUCCUCUGGAAACUGCUCUGUUCUGGAUUGAGUUCGUCAUGAGGCACGGAGGUGCUUCACAUCUACGCACUGAGUCCUAUAAGAUGCCCUGGUACGCACAUCAUUCUGUGGAUGUUAUAUGCUUAUUGUUAGCAAUUCUGUUGGUGCUGACGGCAACUGUAGUGGGAUCAAUACGUUUCCUGUGCUCUCGACUGUGCAGGAGGAGAAAACCCAAGCAGGAAUAGUAACAGACGUCAAAUAUUUCAAACGAUAAAGCUUUUAUAUACUUUACCCCAAGAAACCAACAGUUAACUGAUGAUUUUAGAUAAUUGCUGAUCCUCAUCUGAAAAGAAACUGAAUGGUCUUAGAGAUCUGGUCUGCACAUGGGAUUUAAUGACCGUAAAGAAAAUAUAUAAUAUCAGCAGGCUUAUCCUUCAAAUGAUUAAUCUUAGCCACAGACUGUAAUUAAAGAUGGCCGACACGUCUCCAGCUCCUCCCGAUGUACAAAAUGAAGCUAAGUUAUCCUGGACGCGGCCAUCUUGUGUUUCUGACGUUGUUUGGCAGGAAAGUCUGUGCAGAAGUGAUCGUGGUGGGGAGGCGUGGCAUCAAGGUUCCGCUGACACACACGCUCGACCAAUCACAAGUCAGUCUGGGCUGUCAAUCAUGACAUUUAUCGCAUGAAAUAACAAAAUCAAACUCAUCAGAAACAUGAACAUGGAGGAGGCAGGGUUUAUGACCCAGACUGCAGUUAGCCACCAGAGGGCGAUCAAAAUGAUUCGGCUUCACUUCUGGGGAGUUGUCAUGUCGUCCAUCUUUAUUUACAGUCGAUGAUUUUAACACAUGAAAUUGCACAAGAUGAAGCUGUGAAUAAAAAUGUGAAUAAGCUACAUUUCUGAAAUUGUAAAAUGUCGGUGGAUAAAUAUUUAUCCAUUUAAAAAAAAAAAAAUAGCUAUCAACAUUUCAAAAUCAAUUCUUCUAUUUUCUUUAUUGUUUGUUAUUAUCACUUGAAUAAUGAAAAAUCAUUUGUAUAAUUUUUUACUAAAUGAAAAUAAAAAAGUAAGAGAGGACACUUUUUUUUAAACGUGCAUUAUUGUUAUAUUAAAACUCAGAUUUGAAUAUAUAUGAAUAAUUAUGUUAGAAAAUGAUUGCAUCAUAGAUACUUUCCGACAAUUUUCUCCCGUGUACAGAGAAAUAUAUGAAAUGAGAAAUAAAAAUGUUGGUGGACGAGCUAAAA